AUGGCCAAAACCCUUGCACAAGGCAAGGGUGGUGCUGGCACAGUGGGCAAACCGGCGAUCAACUUCGACCUAGCGCCUGAGGUCAAGGUCAACCCCAAACUGGGAGUGGUGCCUGUGUCCCUGGCCCCAACCCUGGCGCUGGACGAGACGGGCCUCGACCUCACACUCACCAGCAAGGUGAGCGCGGGCUGGCUCAAUUUCGUGCCUGAGCUCACGUCAUGGUGA